AAUGGCGAUUGUAUUAGACAAGGUUCUAACACUGCUUGUUUCGAGAAUAGCAAGCGAAGCAACAGAUAAAUUGUUCAAAUCAGGAGGAGAUAAAAACAAGGCAGAUCUUGUUGGUGAAAUUAAAGCAUUAAAAGAUGCUUUUGAUGCGGAGAAAAACAGGCCACUAGAAGUAUCCUUAAAAUUCCAGCCAGAAUUGAAGGAGAUUGCAGAAGACAUGUCUGGAAAAAUGAAAGAAGAGCUACACAGGACAUUUGAUACUUUCACAUCAGCUGUUGAAAGAACAGUAUCUAGGGAAAUCAGACAUACCACUAGUGCCUUAUCUGAACAUCUCAAUAGAAUUAUUGUGGCACUGACAUCACUACUUGCUUCUGUGGAGGAGAAACUAGCAGCAGCAGAGGAGGCAAAACAAACUGUGCAGAAACUGGGAAGCCUGUUCACUACUUUGAAAAUUUUCAUUAGGCUUCUUACUGUUUGCUCAUUUUUGCUGACAUUCUUUUACAUCUAUAAAAGAACAGACAGUGCAGCUUCUGAUUCAUCUGGUUCAAUGUGGAUUAGUUAUGGAAGAUGUAGACAAUUGAUUGCACUGACUGUGAUGGUCAUGGCUUGCCUAUCCCCUCUGUGGAUCUUUGACCUGAAAUUUAAUUUUGUAAAGAUGAUGAUCCCAGAAUAAUUAUAAGUAUUGAUAAAUGAAGAGACUAAAAGUGUCAAAGCUUUUUGUUCUUUGGCUUAUUAGAGCUAUUUAUUUUCUUCUUUGUGUGAUAAAGACCAUUAAUACAAGGUGUAAACAUAAUUUUAAGAUUCAUAGCACUGAGGAGUUACAGUAAAGUGUCAAAUGACAGAUGUUUAUUUACAUAAAUUAAUGACUGGAACUGUUUAAAUCCAACAAAAAUAACUAAGUUCAAAUUUCAUUAUUUUGUAAUCACAUAGUUAGUAAAUAUAUGUCCGAUAAUAUCAUUAAAAAUACUUGCAAAUAAGGUUGCAAUGAAUACUAAAUUUAAAUGAUAGAGAUUGGACUCAUUUGCACUCAUCGUAAACACUGCAGUUAUAUAUUGAGAAAAUCUGUUAAACAAUUACAUGAAAGAAAAAAAUGCAGGUAAAAACAAAUUUAUUUGUAUAUUUUCCAAAUUUAUUUACAUCCUUGGAGUGUCAGGUUUGGAGAAGUGAAUGCAGUGUAUUGUGUAAAUAUCUAAUUAAUUCGCCAAAGAUAUGUAUUUAA